UUUAUAUAUUAGUUAAAUCUGUGUUUUCAAUUGUACCAUAUUAAAAUGAUUUAUAUUUAAUGUAAAUAUUCUUUAAAGUUCAAUUUGCUAAAAUUUAAGGAUUAUUUAUUAAGAAUCAUAUGGAUGACGUAGGAGUUCCAUCAUCAUGGAACCAACUUGAGGAAUCCAACUGGUAUGAGGUCAAAACAACAAAAAAUUAUAAGUAUUACUACAAUAAGGAGACUAAAGAGACCAAAUGGGAGAAACCUUCUCUGAAAAAUGAUCAAAAACAAGACCUUAAAGAAGAAAAAAAUGAAGAAGUUCCCCAAGAAGAUUCCGAUAAAUACAAAGAAUUGGUAAGGUCACUAAACCUUCCAAACCAUGUAAAUUAUGAGCAGUGUAUACCCAAGCUAAUAUUUGAUCAAAGAUACAAGAAUAUACCUAAAUCGCAUAGAAAGAGACUAUUUAACCAAUUUAUGAGAGAACUUCUCGCUGAAAAAUCAUCAACUCCAGUGACAUUAGAGACAAAAGAGGAUGUUAAGGAUGAAGAAACAGGUCCUGAAAGGAAGAGAAGAUUAGAGGAACACUCAAAAAUAAAGGAAUUCUCAAAUAAACGUUACAAAAAGGAUGAAAAAUCACAUCGAGAUACACACCUGAGGAAACUAGCCGAGGAUAACUUUCUAAAUUUGUUGUAUGAAAAGAUUAAAAUGCCUUACAGAAACGGAGAAGUUGAACCGCUCCAAGAAGAACUUCUGAAUAAUGAUCCAAGAUUCACCAAUAAAUACUUAGAGAACAAGAAUUACAUAUACAAAAAAUUCACUAGGGAGUUUUUGAAGGCAAGAGUGGAGCUAUUUGAGUCAAAAUUGAGGCAGUUGGACUCAGAUAACAUUAAUCUGGACCUUGAACAGGUGGUGGAAAAGGUCGGAGCUAGGCUAUUCAAGGAUCUACCAAGUUACAAUUUAAAUCAAUGCUUAAAUAAGUGGAAGGAAGAUAAGAAAGGGGAAUUGCUGGAAUCAUUUAAAAUGAUGCUCAAGAAGUCACUGAGUUAUAGUCCUGGAACUAAAAAAGAUAACCUAGAAAGAGCAAAAUUACAUUUUAGUUGUGAUGAAAGGUAUCAAAGAUUGGAAUCCUUCCCGGAUGAAAGAGAUAAACUGAUAAUGGAAAGAUUGGAUGAGUUGGAAAAAAUUCGAGAAUCUUCCAAGGGUAUUUUACCAGAAGAUGACUAAUAUUAUUUGAGACAUCCUGAUUUUGGUGUGUGGCCUCUCAUUAAUUAAUUUUUAAUAGUAUUCUUGAGAUUUA